GGCAAAUUAUUUAACCGGCAGUUCGAUUCAGCGUCAACUGUAACCCUAGCAGCAGUUCUAACACUAUCAGACAGUUCAUUCGCGUCCUUAAGCUUAAAAUCAGAGUCACGGCGGUCAUCAGAAAACCUGGUGCUGCGCAACCUGUCAGAACGAGAGCAAGGUUUCCCAGCUUCCCACGCAGCUACCGGAAUCGCAAAGUCUUCAGGAGAAAGCCCGAGAGAGCGGCAAAUAGUGUCGAAUUCACCAGCAGCACCGUCGAUUCUGAAACUUGUACGGUCGGGUACAGGAUAAAGGUCAAGCGACCUAGUCCGGUGACCAGGUUGAUCUCUUAACGACGACGGCGAAGACGGAAUCGACUGUGAAGCGUCGUAAUCGACCUUCAUUGAUAUUUCAUGAAUCUUCAUCAAGCUGGCAUAUCUAGAGACCAGAGUACAUACCACUAGAGGCCUUGGACGUUGUAUGCUCGCUGGCUAAACAUCAAGAGAAAUUCUUCACCAGAUUGUGUGUUCAUCCCACUUUCAAGUUCCAAUAUAAUUCCCAAGGCCGUCGACGCCGCUUUUUGCUGCUUCUGCAUCUCUCCCGUUUGCUGCAAAGCUCACACAGAAAACCCUAAUUCCCUACUCCGGAAUUGGAUAAUGGAGAGGAAAAAGUCUCGUAAAGAAGGUAGAAAAGAAGUUCGGACGGCUAAAAAGCAUAAGAAGUUUGAUUCAUGGAUCCAACAUCAACAAACACAAAAAACCCGGAGAACGUUGCCAAAUUCAAAACCAACACACACAGUGCAUUCACGGAAAGAUAGCCAAGUCCAAAGGCAUGAACAUUUUCACUCCUUAAAUUCAAAGAAAGACUUGGACACUUCUCCACGGGUGGUUGAUUCUAAGGCUGACAAUAGGAGUUUGAAAAGAACAGAUUCCCGAAAUAAAAAUUUGAUGGCCACUAUAGAGCUCGAUAUUGAAGUUAAGAAUGACUUGCAGGCAUCUCCACGGUUGGAGUCUUCUAAGGUGGAAAAUAGGAGUUUGAAAAGGAAACAUGCCUCAAAUAAAAAUUCAAAGACAAUGUUUAUGGAGUAUCUUGAAAUGGAAAAGGAGGGAGAUGCUAUCUCUGCGGACGUAGAUCUGAGAUUGGAGAGGAAACUCGCUAAGAAACUCAAGGUGAAGAAUGAGAAAUUGCAAGGAGAUGAUGAUAUUGAUAUGUUACUUGAAGGGAUUCCUUCUGUAGUUGACUGUAACAGUCAAUUGAACGAAUCUCUGGAGGGUACUGAUGCUGACACUUCGCACAAGAAACUGAAAAAGAAGACAAUGGAUGAAGUUUUAGAGGGUAAACUGGUUUCUGAGGAUGGAAAGUUUAAUCCUUCAUGUGUUAGCUAUGUUGAGCAUGUCGACACAGAUUUACAGACCAAACAAAAAGAGUCAAAAAAGAUGAAAAGAAAGAAGACAAAGUUUGAAGAGCUUCUUGCAACUGAAAUGCGUGGACAGGAUAUCUCAGCAGAUGAGGAUCUGGCUUUGGAAAGGAAGCUUGCGAAGAAGCUCAAGGUGAAGAGAGGGAAAUUACUUGGGGAUGACGAUGAUAUGAAUAAUUUAUUUGAGGGAAUUCCUUCACUUCUGGAUUCUUUUGAGGAUGAAAAUACACAACUUGUUGGAGAAGCACCUCGAAAGCGUGAUAAGAGCUCCUCAAAUGAAAGAUCUAAAGAGAAAAGAUAUAAUAAAGAAGCGCAGGGAGAAGAUCACUAUCAAGAGGAAGAGCAGAAAGCUGAGAGCACUCCAUACUGUACAGAUGUGAAGGCAGCAGCUGGAUCUGCUGCCAAAGAAAAUGCAAAAUAUGUUGCUCCUCGCCUCAGGUCAUGCUUGGGAAAUGAUUCGGAAGAGUUCGCUCAAAUUCGUCGACGACUGAGAGGUCUUCUGAAUAGGAUGUCCGAGGCUAAUGUGGAAUCGAUCACAAGUGAAAUUUCCACGAUCUACCAGACUGUUGGUCGCACUUUUGGUUCUCAGAUUAUCAAUGAAGAGGUUCUGGCAUCAUGUUCUAGAGGUCCGCGUGGCAAUGAGCAGUAUGCAGCAGUUUUUGCUGCUUUUGUUGCUGGCAUGGCAUGUUUGGUUGGGAUGGACUUUGGCGCAAAACUUCUGGCAUCUAUGGCUAAAUGUUUUGAGGAUGAGUAUCAGAAUGAAGAUAACCUCUCUGUUAGGAACCUGACACUUCUGCUCUCAUACUUGUACACUUUUGGAGUUUGCUCAAGGUAAGCACUAUAUUUGAAUUGACUACUCUCUGACUUGGAUUGUUAGGUGGAUAACCUUGGCAUAGUACAUAUGCCUACAUAUCUCCUUUGUCUUCUAUGAUGCUUUC